AUGGCUUUCAGCGAGGGAAAUGUCUGGCGAGACACGUUUAACGUAGUAGAAGGUUUAAUUGAUAGGAAUAGUUGUAGUGCGCGCGAAUUCAUCAAAAAGAAAGUGUUGGGGGAAGAUUCAGAAUUGUUAAAUGCCUUUAGUCAAUAUACGCUUGAGUUUAUAGCCGUUCAUGUACUAAGUUUCUUAUUUAGUCCGCUCGACGAGCGUGCGCGUGUUCGCGCAUCCACCUUGAUUGAACACCUAGAGUCAACAAUACGGAGGCAGGCAUUCCUCCUAAGAAGAAAUGUUGGAGGAAAAAAAGGGGGGGAUGCAGUUGAUCAAAGAAAUAAAGAUCGUACGUUCCCUCUCGGAACCGCCCUACUCCAAUUCAUGGUUAGUAGAGAUGUGAUUAGUUUAGAGACAGAUCAGGAAGAUCUUCCACCACGUAGAAAAAAGAAUAAAAAGGGUGAUAAAGAGUGGUAUGUACAUAAAAAAACAUAUGUGCAAUGCAAAUUCGAUCCAGCCAAGCUCCCAAUGAAGCUGAACUUGCCUAUGGUGUGCAAACCUCUUUCAUGGAGGGGCAUCGGCCGUCAAGUAAAAGACCUGUCCGAUCUAGAAGGGGGUUACUUAAGCGGGCGUUAUAGUGGUACCAGCUACAGCCUUCUUACGGGUGACAUACAUCAUUUGUUGAUUCAAAUCAAAGAUAGUGAGAGUCUGUGCAGAGUAAUGAACACGCUUCAAAAUCAGGCAUUUGAAAUCAACAGCGAUGUCUUGGCAUGUAUUGAAAAAAGAGAGGCAGACUUUAUUGAUAACGGGCAUCUCCUACCGGGUUAUCUUUCUCAUAUGAAUAUAGCAAAUCUAUAUAAAGAGGUUAGGGAUUGUCAUCUCGUUGAUACAGAUACUUUCCAAAAAAUAGGGGGUAUUAGCGAAUUGAUAAAUCAGUUAACAAAACAGGUACAGCGCGCCCGUUAUGAGCGGUGUAUGCUCAAGCUUGCAAAGGCCUACAAGGGUUAUAAAAUAUAUUUGCCUGCCUUUCUCGACUUCAGGGGGAGAAUCUACCGCUGCGGGCUCCUGCAUUUCCACGAGCGUGAUCUCUCAAGAAGUCUUAUUAACUUUGCGUUUAGCAAUCCUGAAAUGCCCGCAGACUCGGACGAGGUUAUGGAGGCCCUUUUAUACCACUAUAAGUCUUACCCCAGCCUGGAGGAAGCUGGAAUAUCCUUCAACGAAAGUCUGCGAGAGGCAGAAAUGCAGGGUCGGGUUGAUGCUAUUCUGCUUGGUCGAGAGGCGCGGCACCCCUUUCAGUUCAUUGCCGCGCAAAAGGCGCUGGUAAAAAAGAAAAUAGAGGGGUUCCCAGUUACCAAAGACGCGUCCGCGAGUGCUUUCCAGAUUAUGAGCUACUUUUUGUUGGAUGAAGAUAUGGCGAAGAGCACGAAUCUCUUGCCUUCCAAAGAUAAGAAAAUCCAAGAUAUUUAUACGAAUAUCCUCUCCGAAGUCAAAGAGUACAUUGUAAGAGAACUUGGUAAUAAUAGUCUAUCACUAAUAGUGGUGCGGAAGAUGGUGAAAAGUAUUUUCAUGCCAAUGAUUUAUGGAAAAACACUCAUGAGCACAAGCUCCGAUAUACAUAAAAGCUUGUCGCAGCACAUCAAUUUUAAGGAUAGUCACAUACUAGCCUCACUUUGCUUUAAGUUCUGGAAGGAGAAAUAA